AUGGCGCCCCCUCCUGAGCUUCCCAAGAAGAUCGAGACCAUCACUCCUCCUUGGUGUGAGGGUGCCGAAGCGGCCAAUGCCGAAGCCCUUGGGCCAGCCCCUACCCCUUUUGCCCUCACUGUCCCUCACUCUACCCGUCGUGCCACUCAUCUUUACGAGGAACUUCGCCAUGUCGAUGAGCUCGACAACCGUCAUCUCAAGACCCGCGUCGAUGCUCUCAGCGAGGAGAUCCUCCACUGGCAGGAGACUGACUCCGAGACCAUCCACGGUCUUUCCAAGGUCAUCGUGAUCAAGUACGGCGAGACUGCUAUCCGAGUCAUCCGCCGCGUCUGGGACCUUCACCUGGUCUACAACCGGGCUCCCAAGAUCCCCGGCGAUGACGCCGGUCCUUUCGACCAGAGCAGCUGGCUUGCCACCAUUCGCGACACCGACGCCGAGGAUUACAAGGUUAGGUCCCACGGCCUGCAGAACAAUGAUAGUAUCUACGUCACCGACGUCCUCGUCCAGGAGCACUGCGACCGCGUUGAGCGCGCUGCCAAGGAGAAGGAAGUCCUCACUGCCAUGUUUGAGGAGCUCACCCAGGAGAACCUCAUCGAACUCCCUGGAUUCAAGGCUACCGCUCUUGGAGUAGCACCCCUUUUGGCCCUGCGCCAGUGCGGCGAGACCGUCGAGGAAUUCUACAAGAUCUCCGAUGAGAAGGAAGACAUUCUCGAGAACAACGACGAAAGCGACAUGCGCUACUACCAGUCUUUCCAGCUUUGGCACAUUGCCGCCCGGGCCGCCAUGGGCUGGGAGCCUCGCCGCGUUGGAACUGUCCAGGACGUUCUCAACAUGUACUGCUACGACAUUCUCCGCCGUCGCCGAUUCGAGAAGCGCAAGCGCAACUCCGAGCUUCGACACCAGCUCGAGGCCAUCCUUGGUGACACUCGUGGCGACCAGGUCGGAUUCGGCAGCGAGGAUGACGCAGAGGAGGACAACCAGGAAGAGGAGAACAUCGAGGAAGAGGACUCCGAUGGCCCUGGCGAGCCUACUGACACUGAAUCUGGCUCUUCCGAUGAGGAAGAAGAGGACAGCUCGGAUGACGACCGUCCCAUCUUCGGUCACUAUAUCGACUAA